AUGAACCAGAAUCACAAAAUCAGCGAAGAGGCUCUGGAAAGCUUCAUCACCAUGUUCCAGACAAAUCUUGCGCUGACCAAGCUGAUGUGGAAAGUUGAUUCUCGAAGAACUUGGGAAGUUUCCAAGCUCAUCACGCGAAAUGUGGAGAUUGGCCGUCGCAAGGCAGCAGGGGCCUCCAUUCAGGACCUGCUUCCUGCCAAACUCCGCAAAGACGCGGAUGCGAGCGGAUCUCACUCACAGCCUGUCUCUUCACCAUACCCGGCUGCCGGAGUGCCGGAGACAGCAGGGUCAGGUCCGGAGAUGAAGGCCGACGCUGAGUCUGCCGAGCUGGCCCAGACCCCUCCAACGGAGGCCUCAACCGCCAGAUCUCCCGAGGAAGACGAGCAGGAGACUUCCGCUGCAGUGCCCACGACAUCCACCGACGUUUCACCUGAUGCUGAUUGA